AAAAAGUCGAGAACAGUGUUCAGAUCAUGAACGUCACAGUACUACGGCACAGACACACAAAACUGGACAAGCCUUGAGGAAACAUGUCGGGAAAAUAAGUUGGCUAGUUAGCUAGCUAGUCAGUGCACCCGUAUGUGUAGUUUGCAUUAGCGGGGAAAGCUAGCCAUCGACCUAGCUAAUUACUUAUCUGAGUAAUACCUCCUACAACUUUUUGCCAGCGAUGUCUGAAAACGCACCAACACGAAGCCUGGACGACAUAGACCUCGCAGCGUUGAGGGAUCCAGCUGGGAUCUUUGAGCUGGUCGAGGUGGUGGGCAAUGGAACCUACGGACAGGUGUACAAGGGCCGUCACGUGAAGACGGGCCAGCUGGCAGCCAUCAAGGUGAUGGACGUGACGGAGGAGGAGGAGGAGGAGAUUAAGGCGGAGAUCAACAUGCUGAAGAAGUACAGCCACCACCGUAACAUCGCUACGUACUACGGAGCCUUCGUCAAGAAGAGCCCCCCAGGAACAGACGACCAGCUCUGGCUGGUGAUGGAGUUCUGUGGGGCAGGCUCGGUGACUGACCUGGUGAAGAACACCAAGGGCAACUCUUUGAAGGAGGACUGGAUCGCCUACAUCUGCAGGGAGAUUCUGAGGGGCCUGUCCCACCUCCACCAACACAAGGUCAUCCACAGAGACAUCAAGGGCCAGAACGUCCUCCUGACAGAGAAUGCAGAAGUCAAGCUGGUGGACUUCGGCGUGAGCGCUCAGCUGGAUCGGACGGUGGGCCGCAGGAACACAUUCAUCGGGACGCCGUACUGGAUGGCCCCCGAGGUGAUCGCCUGCGACGAGAACCCUGACUCCACCUACGACUACCGGAGUGAUAUUUGGUCCUUGGGGAUCACCGCUAUUGAGAUGGCAGAAGGAGCCCCACCUCUGUGUGACAUGCACCCCAUGAGGGCUCUGUUCCUGAUCCCCAGGAACCCUCCUCCUAAACUCAAGUCCAAGAAGUGGUCUAAGAAGUUCAUAGACUUCAUCGAGGGCAGCCUGGUGAAGACGUACCCCAGCAGACCGUCCACAGAGCAGCUUCUGAAGCACACGUUCAUCCGAGACCAGCCCACCGAGAGGCAGGUCCGCAUCCAGCUGAAGGACCACAUUGACCGCACGCGCAAGAAGAGGGGGGAGAAAGAGGAAACAGAGUACGAGUACAGCGGCAGUGACGAGGACGAGGAGAACCAUGGAGAUGAGCGCGAGUCCAGCUCCAUCCUGAACGUGCCGGGUGAGUCGACGCUGAGGCGGGACUUCCUGCGCCUGCAGCAGGAGAAGAACAAGGAGCGUACGGAGGCCCUGAAGAGGCAGCAGGCCCAGCUGGGAGCGCAGCACCGCGACCCCGAGGAGCACAAGAGGCAGCUGCUGCACGACCGGCAGAAACGCAUCGAGGAGCAGAAGGAGCAACGCCGACGGCUGGAGGAGCAACAACGGAAGGAGAGGGAGAUGGUGCGCCUGCAGGAGAAGGGCCCCCACCGUCGCCUUGACGACAUGAGGCGGGAGGACGAGAGGCUGGCCGAGAGGGAGCAGGAGUUCAUAAGGCAUAAGUUAGAGGAGGAGCAACGACAGUUAGAAAUCCUGCAGCAGCAGCUGUUACAGGAGCAAGCUCUGCUCAUGGAGUACAAGCGUAAGCAGCUGGAGGAGCAGAGGCAGUCCGAGCGCCUCCAGAGGCAGCUGCAGCAGGAACACGCCUACCUGGUCUCUCUGCAGCAGCAGCAGGACAAGAAACCUCAGAUGUACCAUUACAGCAAGAACAUGGAGCCUAGCAACAAGCCCGCCUGGGCCCGUGAGGUGGAGGAGCGCAGCAAGCUGAACCGUCAGGGCUCUCCUAAGAUCUGCACCACCGUGUCCGACACCGCCCUCCAGUCACGCUCCGACGCCAGCCAAUCAGGGAGCGGCCAGGCAGCUCAGACCCCGCCCAUGCAGCGGCCUGUUGAACCCCAGGGGGGGGCAGGGCAAGGUUUCCAGAUGGCUCACCUGGUUCCUCUAAAGCCCUAUGCAGCCCCGGUCCCCCGCUCUCAGUCUCUGUGUGACCAGCCCACUAAGACUAUGUCCGCCUUCCCCACUCAGGACCCCGCCCCCACCCCCACGCCCCGCCCCCUCCACUCCAGGGAGCUGGUGCGCCAGAACUCUGACCCCACCUCCGAGAGCCCCGCCCCCCUCACUCGACCAAUGAGGGAUGAGCGCGGCCCCUGGAUACGCCUGCCCGAGGAGCAGCCACCCAAGAUCCCUCAGAGGACAGCGUCCAUCGCCACCGCCCUCAACACCAACCUGUCCUCCGGCAUCAGACACCCAGUCAGAGCCAGCAACCCAGACCUCAGCCGCAACGAGCGCUGGGAGAGAGGAGACAUGAGCAUCGUGUCCAACCUGCCGCAGACCGGCUCUCUGGAGAGACACCGCAUACUCAGCUCCUCCAAGAUGGACUCCCCCAUCCUGUCCCCCGCCGGCCGGCACAAGCCCGGAGAGUCCCGGACGUCGUCACGGCCCAGCCGCCCUGCCAGUUACAAGAGAGCCAUAGGAGAGGACCACGGCAUGUACUCCAAGGAGCGUCCUGAGGAGCCUCCUAGACCUCCGGUGAAGGCCAACGACUACUCCUCCUCGUCAGACAGCAGCGAGAGCAGCGAGGAGAGCGAGAGCGGGGAGGGGGUGGAGGAGGAGGAGAGCCCCACCGACCGGUCACCCGCGGAUGCAGACUCAGACUCAGUCAACACCAUGGUGGUGCACGAGGAGGAGGAGGGGGAGGGUGGGGAGGGGGAGCAGGCGGGAGGUUACGGGGACCAGACCAUGCUGGUGCAGAGGACACCAGAGAAGAGAAGCCACAACGGCUACACCAACCUGCCCGACGUGGUGCAGCCCUCCCACUCCCCCACAGACUCCGCCUCCCACUCGUCCCCCGGGAAAGACUCUGUCUACGAUGUGAGUGGCACCGGGUCUGUCAAGGCCUCAGGCAAGUCUUCCUUCACCACCUUCGUGGACCUGGGCAUGUACCAGCCAGCAGGGGGCGCUGCAGACUCCAUCUCUGUCGGCGGUCUGGGCUCCAGGUUUGAGCAGCUGAAGAUGGAGGUGAGGAAGGGUUCCAUGGUGAAUGUGAACCCCACCAACACACGCCCCCACAGUGACACCCCCGAGAUCCGCAAGUACAAGAAGAGGUUCAACUCAGAGAUCCUGUGUGCCGCUCUCUGGGGUGUAAACCUGCUGGUGGGAACAGAGAACGGACUGAAGCUGCUGGAUCGUAGCGGUCAGGGGAAGGUCUACCCCCUCAUCAACUCGCGCAGGUUCCAGCAGAUGGACGUUCUAGAAGGACUCAACCUGCUCAUCACCAUAUCAGGUAAGAAGAACAAGGUGCGUGUGUACUACCUGGCCUGGCUGAGGAACAAGAUCCUGCACAAUGACCCAGAGGUUGAGAAGAAGCAGGGCUGGACCACCGUGGGGGAGAUGGAGGGCUGCGUGCACUACAAAGUUGUGAAAUACGAGAGGAUCAAGUUCCUGGUGAUUGCCAUGAAGAACGCUGUGGAGGUCUACGCCUGGGCGCCCAAACCCUAUCACAAAUUCAUGGCUUUCAAGUCUUUCGGAGACCUCCCUCACAGACCCCAGCUGGUUGACCUGACCGUGGAGGAGGGCCAGAGGUUAAAGGUCAUCUACGGCUCGUGCGCUGGGUUCCACGCCAUCGAUGUGGACUCUGGGAACAACUACGACAUCUACAUCCCCGUGCAUAUCCAGAGCCAGGUGAUGCCUCAUGCCAUCGUGUUCCUGCCCAGCUCGGAUGGGAUGGAGAUGUUGCUCUGCUACGAGGACGAGGGUGUGUACGUCAACACGUACGGACGCAUCAUCAAGGACGUGGUGCUGCAGUGGGGAGAGAUGCCCACCUCCGUGGCUCACAUCUGCUCCAACCAGAUCAUGGGUUGGGGGGAGAAGGCCAUAGAGAUCCGCUCUGUGGAGACGGGCCACCUGGACGGGGUGUUCAUGCACAAGAGGGCCCAGAGACUCAAGUUCCUGUGUGAGAGGAACGACAAGGUGUUCUUUGCCUCUGUGCGUUCUGGAGGAAGCAGUCAGGUGUACUUCAUGACCCUGAACAGGAACUGCAUCAUGAACUGGUGAAGCUGCUGAUCUGGACGAGAGUGGACAAACUCAACACAUCCCCUCACACGCACACACACACACACACACACUCCUACAGAACAUCCAUUCCUGCCUAACCUCCAGAGAGAGAUCAUCACCCCUGGAAUAGAACAAUCCCCACCUUCAUCAUCCUCAUCUCUGUACUGUAUAGAUAUACUCUGUAUUACUGUACCUCAUUGGUGGACCAGUGAUUAGUCUAUUUACUAACAUAUUACGGAGUUAUGUUUGAACAUUCCUGAUUGGCUAUACAUUGAGAAGGAG